AAAAACACUCGGCUUCGCCUCGAGUUUUUAAGCUUGAUCAUACUGCUCGUUUUUUAAACAGUACCACAAAAUAGUAGUACCUUUACCAUGAGGAGAUACAAAUCUUUGUUUUUAGUGGCUUUCCACUUGGCUACUCUAGCUAGAACAGGGACUCCAAUUGAAUAGCCACAAGGAAACAAAAGAAAUUAAACAUACCGAUAUAAGGUCUACCUAGCCUGCUCCGCAGACGAAACUAAACUUCUGGUUAAGUCCGUCUGCGAAAUAGCGCCAAAAUCCUUGUUCUGGGCCGCCACUCAAAUACCAGCAUUUGAGUACCCGCCAUGACUGGCCUGUUAAAAAUCCCGUUGUCGAUUUGCCGGUCAGGGGAAUUCAAAAUGCAUUUGCAGUAAUUCGUUGAGUCCGAUAGGCUUUGCUUCUCAGACGUUAGUAACCGGAGUUGAAUUACGCUUGGGACGCAGGCUAGGUACACCAUAUAUGUGAACAUUCUUAGCACUUUGAUCUAUGAUUUUAAAUAGCUUUAUUUUUAGUUGCUUAUUUCCCUUAUUAAUACCGCAAAUACUUUUUUUAUUAUCAUCUCUGCAGACUGAAUGCGAAGAAAGAGAAAAAAAUAAGCCUAAGGUUGACGAAGUCAAAAGGCUGGAAGACUUGCUCAGCAAUGAAAUCGACAAAAAGUCAAAUUAUUAUUUGAAAAGAGUCACCAAGCCGUUCCACAAGAGGUGGGAUGACGCUAGUAUGGCCCUUGACAGAUAUCGCAAUGAAGAUUACCCAUUUGCCAAACCCAGCGAUUGCUUCCUGGUCGAACGUCUCAAGAAAGCCCUAAUAGUAAAUUAAACUUAUUUAGAUGCGGACACAGGAACUGCGGCCCUUAAAAAAGAUUUCAGGUUUCGUAGAUUAGCAAAAGCGCAAAUUGGUUAUAUUUAUAACCUGUUCUUAAGUAGCAAAGGAAACAAUUCAAGAUUCGAUAGCGAUAGGAAACGGAGCUAAGAAAUACAGCUAGCUAUGCUGCAGUGAUAGCAUAACAUCGAUCCAUAUCCUCAAAAUCCUUCCGAAAUCUAAGAAUUUAAACACAAAAAAACUCUGAACCAAACCAGAGCACUUAGGCCUCUUCAACGCGCCCCAAUUAUAUCCUAGUUAUCCGCCCCUAAUGAGGAAAUGCAAUGGUAUUCUAGGCGGAAUGGGAGGCAGAAAGAGGCAGUGGCAAGUGGUGGGAAUUCUUAGUCUUCCGUUAGUGUUUAUUCCUUGAGCAUGAAUUGUGUUUCAGUAAAUGGAUAAAUCUGCUACUCUUAGUCUUGAUAUGAAGGCCUGGGGUUCUUACACACUCGGUGGCUCUGGCGAAUAGCUCAAGCAGAUUGUUAGCACAAAUAGGGGUGCAAUGUCUGUUCCUUUCUUAUGUCACCUGGAGUGUGAGUGGUGCUUAAAACAACCUUCAGCCUCGGGUUGAUCAGUAUUUCAUCCAAAAACAAAAUGAAAACUUGCAGAAAAAUCCCAGAACGAGUACGAGAACAAAAGGCUUUUGUUUUUCAAAAAAUGUUAUUACACGAGAAAAAAAUAAGGACUGGGUAAUCUUUUCUCAGUCCUUAAACAAACUAUGCAGCCUUUCUGAGAAGCGGGCAUCAUAAAAAAGGAAUUUGAUAUCUGCAAGAUG